AAGUGUGCGCAGUAGAAAAUCGUCUUUUACAAUUAAAGAGUUCGACGACGUUAUAUUUGACAAUCGAACACUUCGCACGAUGACACCGGGUCAGACCUCACAAAGAGCACAUUCUGGUUACCAGUCUACAAGAUCCGGAUGGUCCCCGGGUAUUAAACGUGUAAACAGACAGAAGCCGAGGACAGUGUACCUGAAAUAUAUGACUGAAACACAAGAAGUGCAGACACCAGUUAUAAAGGGGCUUGUAAUAGAUGUAGUGGAUAAUCAAAAGCCCAGUGUCGUAAGGGCAUCAAAGAACGCAAACAUACGAGAAGAAUUUGCUCUCAGACAAAGGGUGGAAGGAUACAGAGCCGCUUGCAGUCAGAAUAUAAAUGAGGUUAAUCUUGCACAGAAAAAACUUUGCGCCAAUCUACUGAAUAUGAAGAAGAAAAUGGCAGCACGUGCUAAAGCAGACGACAAGAUCAUUGACGACCCUUUAUCUGUUAAAACUCUGUCUGAAGAACUAUUUUUGCAAAGUAAAGGUUAUUUUCCUGAGACAAGACCUGGAUCGAGGGCCUAUAAUUUUCCGCCACUCACUUAUCCAAAACGCCGAUUACUUACCAUAAGUUAGAUUGAUAUUACGUUGAAAUUUCACGGGAAUAAAAUGUAUAUAUUAUUUGAAGUCAUAUCUAAUUAGAAAGAGCAUGGCGAAACAUUGAAACUGGCAAUAAAUAUGAAAAUUCAACUACAAACAGAAAGGGUAUGGACAAUAUAGUAGCAUUCAAUGUAAUGAAACGGCAGUCAUUGCUGGCACAGUGAUGACAUCAUUUAUGUAUUAUUUGGGCAUUACCAUAUGUGGUUAAUCAAUGAAUAAUUAGUAAAUGAAUGAUAUUUUGUUAGACAUAGCAUAUUGUUAGUUUUAGUUUGAACUUAAAUAAAAUUCCGUAUUUUAUUGUAUUUAACAUAAUUUUACCAUUAAUACCUUAUUUCAUCAAUUUUUAAAUAUUUUACCAGGCCCCUAGUAUGGCAUGUUUUGAAACGUUAAUAUUCCCUUUUCAG